AUGGCUCUGCCCCACGCGCAGGUUCAUCGCCCAGAGCAUCUGCACCAAAGGCACCCCCGGCCGCCGCUGUCCGGGCAGCACGGCAACCACGCCCUGCGCCAGCGCCGGGCCGAGAUCGUCGAGGUCCGUGGUGAAGCAGCCCGAUCACCGCGACAUCGCGCCCGGGCUCCAGCCCCAUGCCGCGCAGCGCGAUACGCCCCCACCGGCGCGGUUUCGCCCAUCAGCAGCAGCGCGGUGGGACGGUCGGCCAGCGCCAUCAACUCGCGCGCGUCGCCUCGCCAUCGCUCUCGUCCGUCUCGCCAUGGUGGGACCAGCGCCGGUCGAAGGGCAAGCUUGCCGCUCCAAUGCGGCGCGAUAGCGCUCGACCACGAUAUGGCUGUUGUUGACGUCACCGGCGGCGCGACCAGGGCCGAUCCGAUAGUGGCCCGCCUCGGUCAGCAGCGCCAUAGCUCUUUGGUGACGAGGCUCUCGAAAUCCGUGUCGAUUCAGCAUAAUCGCGCUCGGUCGCGGUCCGCCCCAGCGCGACGAAGGGGAUGCCGCGAUCGAGCAGGAAAUGAUGCGCGGAUCGGCGCGAUCUGCGCCCGACAGCACCCAUCCAUCGACGGUGCCGCGCGCGACAUGCCGCCGCAGGAAGGUCAGCCGUCCUCCCCCUUGCGUGCCAGCAGGACGACCAGAUCGAGGUCGUGCUCGCUCAAUCCGUUCUGCAACCCCUCCAGCAAGGCCAUGAAGAACGGAUCGCCAUGGAUCGCGCUGUCAUGCUCCAGCGUCAGCAUGAAGCCGAUCGUUCCCAUCCGCCCGCUGCGCAGCGUCCGCCCUGACCGGGUUGGGGAUAUAGCUUACGCGCCGCCGCCGCCUCGACCACGCGGCCCGCGACACGGUGCCGAUCGAGAGCCUGAGAUGCCGGGCGAGCGCAUGGAUGUCCAUUUGCCCGUGAUCGCGGUCCGGCGCGUUUCGCACAAGAGGCCUUGUUGA